GAGCGAUCGACGGAGGAUGUGCGUACAUUUAUAUGUGAUCUGAUAUGAUUCUCUCUCUGAAUAUCCACAAGACUGAAGUCAGUCUGGAAUGAGGGCUGCCAUCAUCAUCUUCAUCUUCAUCACUCUCUGCCUGAUCUCAGGUCAGGUACUUUGUUUCAGUGUAUUUGGAUGCACUGGAGGGAGUUUGAUGUUCAAGUGCCCAUACAAGAACCAGAAUUAUCAAUAUAAAGAGAAGUAUUUCUGCAGACACCUCUGUAUAUCAGGCAUCAGUACUGAGCUUCAGCGUCGCUGGGAUUAUAACGAGAGAUUCGCUCUGUAUGAUGAUGAAAACAGCAGAUUCUUCACUGUGUUUAUCAGGAACCUCAGCAGAGAGGAUGACGGGGAAUAUACAUGUGGAAACAUUCAGACAUGGAGUCAUAAUGUUGAGUUAGAGGUAAAGAAAGAGUCUCGUUGUGGGACGUCUGUUAUCCUGGACGAGUAUGUUGGACAAACAAUCACUUUCCACUGUGAAUAUGAUGAUAAGUUUAAAUCACACACCAAAGUCUUCUACAGAUUGAAUGGAGAUCCUGUCCAUGUGCUGAACAGCUCACAGUCAUCACAAUCAUCUGAGGAGAAGUUCAUUCUGUCUGACAGUCAUGAAGAUCAUUUUACUGUGACCAUUAGAAACAUUUCUGCAGACGACGGAGGAGUUUAUUUAUGUGGAGUGGAGAGAGACGGAUCAGAUGAUCGACCUUCAGAAACAUCAAUUACUCACAUAACCUUCAUUAAAGAGAUUCAGAUGAAUGUUAAAAGUCGAAUCACUUCUGUCCUGGUUCAGGCCUACUCCAGUAAAUCUGUCUUCAUCACGUGUAAAUUUCCACAAGAGUUCAAAGGAAACAAGAAAUUCAUCCAGAAAGAUUCAUCACAGAAGAUCCCUGUUGAUGAACAGAAUCAAUGGGUCCGUCAUGAUAAAGUUCACAUGUAUGAUGAUUCCAGUGAAGGACUUCUGAAGGUUUUUAUCAGUGAUUUAACAGCAGCUGAUGAAGGAACGUACAGGUGUGGAGUGAAUAUCGCUGGUGAUGAUCUGUUCACUGAGGUCAAACUCACAGUAAAUCAAGUUGAUCAUUUUCGUGCAUCAAGUAAAGCGUCUGCUGUUACUGGUGAAAGUGUGAAACUCACCUGCGAUUUCCCUGAGAAACACGACGAGACCUUCAAACACAUCUGCAGAGAGAACGAGAAGAAGAUAUGUGAGAACAUCAGUUCAUCAGAGCAGAAACGCUUUGAGUUUUCUGUCAGUACAGCAGGAGUUUUUACAGUGAUCAUCAGUGACGUGAGCAAGAGAGAUGCUGGAGUUUACUGGUGUGGAGCAGAAACCAGAGACACACAUCUGACUUCUGUCUCUCUCACCAAUCAACAUCAACUCACUGUGACCAUGCCUCCAGCAGUCGGACGUGAAGGAGAUUCAUCAGAGAUCAAAUGCCCUUAUAAUGCAAAACAUGCAAAAGAAGUAAAGCAUCUUUGCAAAGGAAAGUGUUUCACUGAAGAUGCUCAAAAUAUAAUUCGAUCAGAUGAAUCCCAUGUUAUUAAACCAAAGAUUUCAGUAAAGGAUGAGCCUGAACUCAAUCUCUUCACUGUGACCUUGAGUGACCUGAGAGCAGAGGAUGCUGGGAUAUACUGGUGUGCAGUGAAAGAUGUGUUUAAUCUUCCCACUGAACUCAUGAUCGUCAUGAAAGAUGCGGUCACUCAUGAAGCGUCUGUCGGAGGAUCAGUGUCCAUCAGCUGUAAGUUCAUCAGGAAUCACACGCGUCUCCAGAGGUUGUUUUGCAGAGGAGAUCAGCCGAAUAUCUGUGUCCGAGACGGAGUUCGUGUUUCAUCGAAUAGGAGAACAAAUGGGCGAUUCUCUGUGACUGAUGAAACCUCAGCUGGAGUCUUUACUGUGAACAUCAACAACCUGACAGAAGAGGAUUCUGGGAAAUACUGGUGCGCAGAGGAGAGUUCUGGGUCGUUCAUAUUCACUGAAGUUCAUCUACAUGUGAUCAGAGAAACAGUGACAUCUUACACUGAAAGAGAAACAUCCCAGGACAAAGAAAAGUCUGGCUCUUUUGUGAUAGUUGUGGUUUCUGUGGGUUUGAUCCUGCUGGCUGUGUGUUUAGUGCUCCUGUUGCUCAAAAUAAAAUACAACUGUAAACAUGGCAUCAUUUCAUCAUGUGGAUCGACUCCAGCACAGUUACCCACAAUCCCCUCCGAUGGGCUCCUGUGCACUGCUGUCAGUUUCCAGAAGCAUGAAGAGUCUCUCGGUGACGCUGCACUCGCCUUCAGUGAUGAGAAGAUUCACUCUGAUUACACCACGGUCAUUUACCACAUCAUGCCAAAUGAAUUUUAGUAUAGCCUAAAGAAACUCUGGGGUUAUUUUACACCAUCACACUGAUGCCAUUACAUGCUCUUCCCUUUCCUGUAUUCUGCUUCAGCUCUCCAUACAUUGAUAAAUUGCAUGUAUGUGUGUAUAUGUUAGAGAAGAGUUAAUAAAGUCUUGUUCGUGUCACACA